AUGGCGUCAUCAACCCCGCAGCAAAGUAAUGGCCAGGGCAUCAACGAAGGAGGCCAAGGUCGACGUGGAGUUGAUCGUGCGCCGUAUCAAGAAGACCCUUCAGAUAAUGAACAAGGAAGAAAGAGUACUAGACAACGAGGACCACCCAGGCGCCAUCAUAAGAAGCCUCUCAGGCAGCGACGAGCAUACUCUACUGACGACUACUACGUCGACUACGCUGCCGAUUUCCAACCUAGUUUUCCUCGAUCCCCAUACGAACCUGAACCUCGGAUUGAUGACCUUUACCGUCAAGACACCGAACCUUACCAACAAGAUACAAGCCCAUGGUAUCCUCAGCCAAGCCCUGGCGGGCCUUCUACUUAUCCUGCGAAUUACUCUGGUUCAUACUCCUUCCCCUCUGACACUUACAGCUACUUCUCUGGCACCUCCCCUGCGAUGCCGCCUCACUCACAAUCAGGACUAUACAAUCGAAUUCCAAACAGCGAGCCGCCUAGGGAGUUUGACGAAGACUACACUACAGCCGCUACCUACGAAUCUCCACCUGCUAUACCUCCAUAUCCUCAAUACCCCACUCGAGCACCAAGGCGACCACCUCCUCAACCGCUGGCCCCUAGACAGCCAGCCUCCAGUCCAGAGUAUGCCACAAGAGGUACGAUGCGAGAUAUUCCCGAGCGACUUCCUAAAAAGAAGCCAUCCAGUCGAAGGAAAGACGGCACCUCGUCAUCAAGUGAUCAGAGAACGAUGCUGGUCAUGGGUCAAGUCUUGGAAGGGCUGAAUGGUCUUCAAAGACAGCUCGAGGACAGAUCCUCAGAAGUCAGAUCUGAUCCAGGAUGGUUUUUGUCAGCUCGUCGACCUAGGAGCGUAUCAACCACGAGCCAAUAUGCUAUGGAAGAGACUAGAUCACUUGACGUCGAGAGGCAAGAACGAGAUCACUUAGUGGGUAUUAUCAAUCGACUACUCGAAGACAGAGAGAGACAAGGGUAUCGCAACCCAUAUUUACAUUCGCAGAGAAGGGAUAUAGCCGCCCUAAUUGAGGAUAGCCUCGGGUUGAAUGAGAGUGAAAUGAACAGGGCGUUGAUCAGGCAUAGCGAUAGCAAGGAAAUCGAGUCCAAGCUCGAUACUAUUCUGGAGCUUCUAGUCGAACGCCGAUCGAACAACAGCCAGGCACGGAGACCAUUAUUACAAAAUUAUCACGGGCAGAGACAAGAUUACCAACUCCCACGAGGAGACCAAACGGUCAUCUCUAUCAGCUCAUCACGAGAGCCCAACAUGCGACGACACGUCUUGCAACGCCGUGCAUCUGUCGCUCAGCCCGUGAGCAGAGAACGACAAUAUGCCCAGCACCAUACAGCACAUUCAUCAAACCAGGCUCGUAUUCGAGUGAGGGCCGAUAGGGCAGCCGAGCCCGCAGUGGAAGAUUCAGACGGUGAGCUAGAUGAAGACUACGAUCUGUUCCAAGGCUACGAGACACAAGACAGUCCUCUUCAAGAGGAUCUUCGAGCCAGACGCCUGGGUCUAGCACGAGAUAUGGAAGGCGACAACGUUAGGGGUGGAGUAGUACCAGAGCGGCAACACAGCAGCAACAUACGAGGUAUUAGUAGGAGACUAUCGGAAGGCGGCGAGCAAAGAAUGAGACCGAGAUAUUAUGCCACUGUUGAAAAUGUGGAUGAUGAUGAUGAUGAUGAUGACGACGACGGCGACGACCAGGUACCAAUUCCAACUCGUUCCUCGAUGGCACAUAGACCAAAGGUCGAGCAGGUAGAGAAGAAAGCGCCUCAUGUGCCUGAUCCGCCUGUUUCUGUUACUGGUCAAAGGAGAAGGGGAGCAAGGGUAAGGUUUGAUAGUGCUUGA